UUCACAACACGACGUAUCUUUUUGAAACCGGAACUGAACCUGCCUCAGUUUGGUUUGCUCCCGUUUGAACCAAAUUCUGUCCGUGUAUGCUUGUUCACUUCAAGUAGAAAAAUGCUGUCUAUAUUCAAGUCCAUUCCCUCGCACAUGGAUUAUAAAGGCCAGAAACUGGCUGAACAGAUUUUCCAAGGAAUAAUACUCAUCUCAGCGGUGAUUGGAUUUGUGUAUGGUCUGAUCAUUGAACAGUUUGGUUGGACAGUGUACAUCGUCUUGGUUGGUUUUGCUGUGUCCUGCGUGUUGACGCUGCCUCCAUGGCCUAUGUACAGAAAGAAUCCUCUGUCCUGGCAGCCAGUUAUACCAGAGACCAGCGGGGAGUCCAGCCAAAAACCUCAGGAAACUCUCAAGAAGAAAAAGCAUAAAUAACUCAGAACUGUCUCUGCCUGGUUGUUAAUACAUCCUUUAUUUCGGAAACUAUUUUGAAUUAGGUCCCACAGUUCACAUUUUCGGCAUUGAGGAAGCAAAUUUUGUUGCAGUGUUUGUCAGUCAAUAACGAAAUAAUCGUGUCCAAAUAAUAAACAUCGGAUAUUCUCUGUUUUAUAAA